UUGUCAUUUAAGUGUACACCUAGUAAAUUUAUACAUAUUAAAAUAUUUGAUAUACUUUUAUAUUUGUUAAGAUGGAGCGCGGUAGACAUUCUUUGGAUAUCGGAAAUCUCCAACGCAACUGAAAGAAGGAGAUUGCGAGAACUCAUCCUAGUUUGCGCAAAAAAAGCGGCCAGUCCGGAUCUUCUUCUCAAAGUGGAUGGGAGGACGAACCGGAAUACCAACGGCGAGAUGGCGAAAGAAUGUCCGACGAGCAACUACAACAACUAUUGGCUCAAAAUCCUCAAUUUUUCCAUCAACGAGACAUCCCGGACGAUAUUCACACCAUUGACGAAGAAGAGCUCGAGGAUGACGAUCCGGAGGAGGACGCGGGGGGCGCCGGGAGUCACGGCACCCCGGAUGAGGAGCAAGCGGCGGACCACGAGGGUGACGAGGGUGGUUCAUCCCAAAUAGGUACGAAAUCUAAAUCUCCUAUUAUAGAAAAUAAUUUUAAAAAGUAUAAAGACCCAAGUACCGAGAAAUGGUACGCAAGUUGCAACCAUUGCGAUAAGGUGUACAGUUUGGGAACUUCGGGCGGAUACGGGAGCCUCAAAAGGCAUCUUAUGGGCAAGCACAAGGUGGAGUACGCAAAAAUUGAGAAAGGCAAGGGGAAGCAAACACAAAUAUCGAGGUUUGCAAACAAUCAACCUUAUGGUAAUUUCUCAUACAAUGAUCAACAAAAUUUGACUGGUAUGGCUAACUUUAUAGUUGAAGAAAAUUUACCUUAUUUGUUUUCUGAAAGUGUUUCUUUUAAAGAGUAUGCACAAACUUGUUUAAAUCCUCAAUUUCGAAGUUUUAGUCGAAAAACGGUUAAAAAAGAAAUUAUAAGGCUUUAUAAGGCGGAAAAGUUGAACUUACAAAAUUUUUUUGCAAACUAUGAUGGACGUGUUACUGUUUGUUCUGACAUAUGGGAGGACACCUAUCAUAAUUUACAUUAUUUGGGUUUGACUGCACAUUAUGUUGAUGAUGAUUGGAAUAUGCAUAAACGUGUUCUUGCUUUUCGUGAAUUUAAUGAUCGUCACACCGCUGAACAUAUUUAUAUUUUGAUUGAGCGCAUUUUAAUUGAGUAUAAUUUGGUUAAUAAGGUGUUUGCUAUAGGUUUUGAUAAUGCUACUAAUAAUACUGCUGCUAUACCUAGAUUGCGUGAAUUGUGUGGUCCUACUACUUUGAUGGGUAGAUUUUUUCAUCAACGAUGUGCAUGCCAUAUAAUAAAUUUAUGUGUGCAGGAUGGUCUAAAAGCGUUGGGAGAUGCUAUGGAGGUAGCGAAGGGGGGGAUUAGACGUAUUUGGGCUAAUGGUCAACUUAAAUUAAAAUGGAAAAAUUAUUUGAAUGAAAGAAAUGUGAAAUAUGUUGCUUUUCCUAAAGAUUUGUCUAUUCGGUGGAAUAGUUCUUAUAAAUUAAUUAGAGUUCUUAUUAGAUAUAAAGAACAUUUUCCUGCUUUUUUAAAAGAAUAUGAUAACUACAUUUUAAACUCUGCUCACAUCGACACUUGCGAAAAAAUUUGUAAUGUUUUGAUAUUUUUUAAUAAUGCAACUGAAAGUUUUAGUCAUGUUUAUAAACCUACUUCAAACGAAUUUAUGCGUGAACUUGUUAAUCUCGCCGGUGCUUUUAAUGAAUUUCAAAAUGCCGAUUAUGUGAGCUAUUUUUGUACUUUUAUGAAGGAAAAGUUUUUAAAAUAUUAUUCACAUAUUCCACAUAUUUAUGGUAUUGCUUUUAUUCUCGAUCCUCGUUAUCGACUUAGUAAUUUGGAACAAUGUUACAAGUUCUAUUAUCAAUCUUUUUAUGGUGAUUUUCCAAUGUAUGAAGAUAACCCUAUAGAUCCGCAAUCUGAAUACAACGAGGUUAGUAGUUUAUUUUAUUCUUUAUUUAAUGAGUUUCGUGCACAAUAUGGCAACAUGCCCCCUCCCCGAACCCAAACAUCUUCAUCUAAAGGAAAAGGUCUUUUUAAAUCUGCAUUUGGCAAUCUUAUGAAAAAAGCUAAAACAACGCACACUACUGAACAAAGCACAAUUAAUGAGAUUGCUUUGUAUAUUAACUAUGAGGUUGAGUUUGUAGAAAAUGAAGAUUUUGACGUCCUAAAGUGGUGGAAGUCAAAAGAAAGAACGUUCCCGAUUUUGGCACGGAUGGCUAAGCAAGUACUAUCAAUGCCGGUUUCAACAGUUGCCGUGGAACAAGAAUUUAGUUCGGCCGGCAACGUCCUAACUAAAUCGAGAACGUGUUUGAGUGCCGAAUCUCUUGAGACACUUAUAUGCUACCACGAUUGGUUGAAGGCAAGACGUAGAACUCAAGAACUUAGUCUCAUCCCCUCCCAAGACUUUAUGGAUGAAUCAACCGAUGGUGGUUCUACCUAUGCCGGGGAUUCCGAUUGAUUAGUAUUUUACAAUUUCUUAUUUUAUCCUCAAUUCUCUAUUGUAAUUUGUGAACUUGUAGAUUUGUAGUUCAUAUUUCAAAUCAAUAAAAGUUAAAUUUUUUUAUAUGUCGCAUUUUUUAAUUAUAUUAUAUUAUUAUUACUUAAUAGAAAAUGUAUUAGAAUUAAUUGUUCUCAAUUCUCAAAAUGUACUUAUUACUUAUUUCACAUAAAUGUACUUCAAGAUUGUUUUUAAAUAAUUUUAAUAUUCAAGAUUCCAAGUAGAUGUAUAAGAAUAUAAGUUAAAAAAAAAAAAAAAUAUUUCUAGGCCCGACCCGACCCGCCGGUUCACCCGACCCGGGGCCCGGCCGGGUCACCCGGCCCGAACCGGCACCCGCUCAUAGGCGGGCCGGGCCCGGGCCUUACAUUUCCGAACCGAGGCCCGGCCGGGCCCAGGCCCGAACCGGGCCCGAACCGGCCCGAGGCCAGGCCUACGCAAGACCCGGACCUGCCCUGUGACUUGGUGGGGCGGGUCCGCCCUGUCCCGUGACCUGGAUGGAUCCAAACUUGUUGACCCAAUGAAUCUACAUAAAGUUUCUCUCUAAAUAAUAGUUAAAAAUUAAUAUAUUAAAUCAAAUUCAUGAUACGCUAAAAAUUUCAAAAAUUAAGGAAAAAUUACUCAGACUUGAAUAAUUAAUCUAUUUAUUUAUAUUAAUAAUUGAAUAUAUGUAUUAAAAUGCUAUAUAUAAAGAAGACAUUGAUAAUCCGUCG